GUAUACGAGGUCGUUUUGGCCUUGUUUUCAGUCGAGGACAGCGCUUUUGUGUUUUUUAACUCUAACACUUACUAGAACAAAGCAGGCAACAAUCAUGUGUAGAUAACAUGUUUAGUUCAUUCAGACCCGAGCGAUUUUGUGUUUGUGCAUGUAUUCGUGCGAAUGAUUGUUUUUAUGUUUAUAGUGAUAAUGUCACUGUUGCUGAAUAUAUUGUGAUCUGUAAGGGGAAUGGAUGAGAACCGGUGUCGAGUUUGCUGCUGUGAUUUUUAUAGCGUUGUUUAUCUCAGGCGGAUAAAAUCAGAUCUGUGGUUAAAUGAAUGUUCAGUGAAGCUCCUCCCACAACAAUCACACCAUCAGUGAUUUCACCAAUAAAUGCUGGACUAUUUCCAUCAGCCUACAAGUGAAGAUGAGCAUCAAACUACCAGAAAGCACUAAAAUCUGCAAAGAUUGAAUUAAAGAGAGGAAAAAUGAGUGAUCCAGAAGCCUGCAGAAUGAAACACACCGAAGAACAAAGAGAGUUGAUUGAAGAGAAUGAAGAACCAAGUGAAGCUGAGAAGAAAAGUCUUGUCAAAACUGAAGAAAAACUUUUGAGUUGCUCUCAAACCAAACAGAAAUAUUUAAAGAAAAGAGGAGCCAAGAGGUCUUGUGCUCAGUGUGGAAAGAGUUUCCCAUGCAAAUAUAGUCUUGGUGUUCACAUGAGAGUUCACACUGGAGAGAAACCAUACACAUGUGUUCAGUGCGGGAAGAGUUUUGCACAAAAAGGACAUCUUACAGAGCAUAUGAACAUCCACCCUGUAGAAAAACCUUAUAAGUGUUCACACUGUGACAGGAGAUUUAAUAAGUCGGGACUCCUGAAAAAACAUGAGAUGAUUCACACUGGAGAGAAACCCUACAAGUGUUCACACUGUGACAAGAGAUUCAAUAAAUCAAUAAAUCUAAAAACACACAACAGGAUCCACACCGGAGAGAAACCGUACACAUGUGGUCAGUGCGGGAAGAGUUUCACACUAAAAAACCACCUUACAGCACAUAUGAGAAUUCAUACCGGAGAGAAACCGUACAUGUGUGAUCAGUGUGGAAAGAGUUUCACAAAACCAGAAACCCUUAAAGGGCACAUGAACGUCCACACUGGAGAGAAGCGGUACACAUGUGAUGGAUGCGGCAAGACAUUUUUCUGGGCUUCAGUUCUGAAGAAACACAUGAGAGUUCAUACAAAGGAGAAGCCAUAUUCAUGUUCUUUAUGUGUAAAGAGUUUUUCUCGUCUAGAACAUUUGAAAGUACAUCAGAAACGUCAUAAUGGUGUGAGAGAGUACAUGUGCUUUGAGUGUGAAAAGACUUUCAUUUCACCGAACUGUUUAAAACAGCAUGAGAGGAUUCACACUGGAGAGAAACCGUACAAGUGUUCACUCUGCGACAAGAGAUUCAGUUAUUUAUCAAAUCUGAGAACACAUGAGAGGAUCCACACCGGAGAGAAACCUUACGCAUGUUCACACUGCGACAAGAGAUUCACUCAAUCAGCAAAUCUGAAAACACAUGAGAGGCUCCACACUGGAGAGAAACCUUACAAGCGUUCACUCUGCGAUCAAAGAUUCAGUUAGUCGGUAGUCCCGAAAACACAUGAGAAGACCCACACUAGUGUAGGGUAUCAGAGCGAAUCAGACAAUUUAAGAUUCGAUCAGAUUGGUGUUGAACAACCCAAAGAGACUAAUUCCACAAAGAGGCCCAGGAUAACAAGACAACGUCAUAAAUCUGUCCACGAUACCCUUGCGCCACAAGUCUGAACCAAGUCCUCCAACUAACAGUUUUAAGCACGCUUAUCUGGGAUGGUUCCAACAACCAUGUUUAACUACUAAACAUGGACACCAUCAAAUCAUGCUUUUUCUUGUCUUUUUGCUUCCAACUUUUAGCGCUCUUAGAGCAUGCUCUGGCUUACUCUAAAGCUGCUCCUCUAAAACCAUCAGAAAUCAUCCGGUCUCAUCACUCUUCUUGCUGGCUUCUACUUUAAUUUAUUUUCUGUUGAGGGUUCAGUGUUCGGAGUUAAGUUUUGCCACAACACCAUGUCUCCUGAGUCCAAUCCCGAGUGCCAGUCUUAAAAUUCAACCACCCCACAACUCCGCGACUUCACCCAGAACUGGGCAAUAUGGCAAAAAUUGUUCACCCAAAAAUUAAAAUGUCAUUAAUGACUCAUCCUCAUGUCGUUCCAAACCCGUGAGACCUCUAUUCAUCUUCAGGACACAGUUUAAGAUAUUUUAGAUUUAGUCUGAGAGCUCUCAGUCCCUCCAUUGAAACUGUGUGUACGGUCUACUGUCCAUGUCCAGAAAGAUAAGAAAAACAUCAUGUGACAUCAGAGGGUCAGUUAGAAUUUGUUGAAGCAUCGAAAAUACAUUUUGGUCCAAAAAUAGCAAAAACUAUGACUUUAUUCAGCAUUGUCUUCUCUUCCAUGUCUGUUGUGAGAGAGUUCAAAACAAAGCAGUUUGUGAUAUCCGGUUCGUGAAUGAAUCAUUUGAUGUAACCGGAUCUUCUUUAACCAGUUCACCAAAUCGAACUGAAUCGUUUUAAAUGGUUUGUGUCUCCAAUAAGCAUUCAUCCACAAAUGACUAAAGCGGUUAACUUUUUAAUGUGGCUGACACUUGCUCUGAGUUCAAACAAACCAAUAUCCCGGAGUAAUUCAUUUACUCAAACAGUACACUGACUGAACUGAUGUGAAGACAGAACUGAAGAUGAACACAGAGCCGAGCCAGAUAACGAAUGAAUGAUUGACUCGUUCUGUUCAGUGAACUGCGAACAGGUGCGCGUGCCAGAAGGGAGCACGGAUUCGUAAAGCCUAUCAUUAAAAUGACUGAAAAUCGACACCAAUAAAGAUUCCCGCUUGAUUCCCCCUUCCACCUCCUCUGUUUGACUGAUGAACACCAGGCUACAGUAAUCGUAAUAAUAAUUAGUAAUAAUUUUACUCAUGGCUGAAGUUAAGUUUCUCCAGCUCUACCCAGGUUGGCAAAAAAAGCAUCUCAAAAUGCAUCAGAUUGAUGCUUUAAAAUAUGGAAUAUUUACAUUUUUCUUGCGGGGGAGCAUGCCCCUGGACCCCCUUAGAGGGGUAAUAAUCUCACCUUUUCCACCCCUGACCUGUUUUCAUGCCCAAUUUAUUUAGCACUUUCAUAUUGGUGAGCGUUCUCACCAAAUGAGACACAAUAAUGCAUCAAGCAUUAAAAUAUAAUCCUUUUAAAUCUUUCCUAUCCAUGAGCUAUUACAAGUGAUGUGACUGAAACACUAUCUAAAGUUUUCGCAGUUAAUAAAAUCCAUCUUCAAAACCAGCAGUUUUAACUGUGAGACCACUAUGAACUCAAAGAUGGAGUUCCUCCCCAAAAAACAAUGUCAAAAAAGUUUUAUUUUAUAUUAUAUCAUUGCUCUUUCUCUCUUUCUGGGCCUUGAUCGUGGUAGUUCUGUUGCUGUAUAGAGGGUCACAAAGCUCUUGGAUUUCAUCAAAAAUAUCUUAAUUUCUGUUCCAAAAAUGAAUGAACGUCUUAAAGAUUUGGAAUGACAUGCGAGUGAGUAAUUACUGACAGAACUUUAAAUUUUGGUUGAACUAUAUCUUUAAGUGGAUGGGAGAAAAUCUGAUGUCAUACUUCAUACUGGUGCAUUUACAAAUAGAUACAUGCUAUUUUUUAUUUUUUUUUAAUUUUAGAAUAUAAAGCCACCCGGAUAUUUCUUUUAAGAGCCAAUAAGAAGCACCACAUGGAUAGCAGUAUUGUAAGACUAGUAAUACCAUUAAAACCUGAAUAAGUCAGGAGAGAGAUCCAUUUCAUUCGUUUUCACUUUUACUUCAGUAAUUUGAUUAAAUGUUACAUUUUUAUUAAUACUUUAAAAGGAAAAUCUUUUUAUAUUUUAUCAACAACUUUUAUUGUCGGCUUACUGUAUUUGCAUCAGGAAAAGUCAUUUUUUAAAUUUGGUUGUAACUGGAAACCAUGAAGCAUUAUGUUUUCUUUUUGGGCUUUCUGUUGUAAAUUUCCCAAUAAAGAAACUGAUUUUAAUUAUUUUUCUCGCAUUUUGUUUGUCCUCCUUUUCCUGAUUUUCUAGUUUGUUUUGGUAAUUACUCAUUAGUUCCUCAUGUGUUCAUAGUUUUUUAUUAUCUGCCUGUAUUAUGUCUUAAGACCCUGUGGCCUCAUUUGAGGACAUUAUAUUGUGAAUUUCUCUGAGAUCGUACACACCACAGUUUUAAUUAUUCAUUCAUUAAAUUAAUUAAUAAUGCCCCUUACAGUAUGUAAUUUUACCAAAUGAUUGAAUGUUUCACCGUGACCACUCCCUCUCCUUGGUCAUCAAAAAUGUCUGAAAUCAAUUUUGUGAAACUCUUAUGGAAAUAUGAUAAUUAUGUAAAUAAAUAUGACUUUCUGUUAUGAAA